AUGCCUUCUUCCAAGCGGAAUAUGUUUUCCAAAAUCCAUUUGUCAGCCAUCAGCCUCCUGCUUGCUAAUUUGUGGCAUUUCCUCGGCUCUUUGAUGCAAUUCAUUCCAGGUUUAAAGAAUUUCCUGCCCAGCCCAUCAAAAGAGCAAAUCACCUUCCACAGCCCCAAGGGUUUGCAAUGCAUCUCACCCUUAAUGCAGACGGUAGAGGAGACCCCUCAGCCCAUCCCAGCGAAGAUCAAAGGACAUAUUCCCAAAUGGAUUAAUGGCAAUCUUCUGAGGAAUGGUCCUGGGAAGUUUGAGUUUGGUGAGGAGAAAUUUAACCAUUGGUUUGAUGGCAUGGCCCUGUUGCAUCAAUUCCAGUUGGAGAAUGGCACAGUGACAUACAGGAGCAAGUUUCUGCAGAGCAAUUCCUACCUGACUAACAGCCAGCACAACCGCAUCGUGGUCUCAGAAUUUGGGACACUGGCAAUGCCAGACCCAUGCAAGAGUGUCUUUGGGCGCUUCAUGUCACGCUUUGAGAUGCCACAACCGAGUGACAAUGCCAGUGUGAACUACGUUGUGUAUAAAGGAGACUAUUAUGUCAGCAAUGAGAACAUCUUCAUGUACAAAGUGGACCCAGAAACGCUUGAAACAAAGGAAAAGGUAGACUGGAGCAAAUUUGUUGCAGUGAAUGGGGCCACUGCUCAUCCUCAUUAUGAGUCUGAUGGGACAACAUACAACAUGGGCAACUCCUAUGGGAAACAUGGGUCUAGGUAUAAUAUCAUUCAGGUUCCUCCACAAAAGUCAAACUGUAGUGACACAUUAGAGGGAGCGAAAGUGCUGUGCUCCAUUGCUCCAAUGGAUAAGAUGAAACCCUCCUACUAUCACAGCUUUGGAAUGAGUGAAAACUACAUCAUUUUCAUUGAGCAACCCAUCAAGCUGAAUAUGUUGCAGAUUAUCACUUCCAAACUCCGUGGGAAAGCCAUUUCUGAAGGGAUAAGCUGGGACCCUCAGUACAAUACUCGCUUCCAUGUGGUGAAUAAGCAUACUGGAGAGGUGCUGCCAGGGCAGUGGUACAGUAAGCCCUUUGCUACUUUCCAUCAAAUCAAUGCCUUUGAAGAUCAUGGCUGUGUGGUCCUUGAUCUGUGCUGCCAGGAUGAUGGAACAACUCUGGCUACUUACAAACUUCAGAAUCUGCGGAGGAGUGGGGAAGGUCUAGAUCAGAUUUAUGCCUCAAUAUCUCGAGCUUUCCCUCGUCGCUUUGUUCUCCCACUGAAUGUGAAUUCAGACACACCUGCGGGGAAGAAUCUGAACCCUCUGUCUUAUACAUUGGCAAGGGCUGUGAAAGAUGCAGAUGGCAAGGUCUGGUGCACACAUGAAAAUCUCCACCCUGAGGGCUUUGAAAAGGUUGGGGGCUUGGAGUUCCCCCAGAUCAACUACUCUCAGUACAAUGGUAGGAGGUACCGCUACUUCUAUGGAUGUGGUUUUCGGCAUUUGGUUGGAGAUUCCUUGAUCAAGGUUGAUGUGGAGACAAAGAAUUUCAAGAUUUGGCAGGAGGAUGGAUCCUACCCAUCAGAGCCUGUGUUUGUGCCAGUGCCUAAUGCCAUGGCAGAAGACAGUGGAGUCAUCUUGUCUGUUGUGAUCUCCCCCAUUGAGAACCAAAGUGCUUUUCUGCUUGUCUUGGAUGCAGAGACCUUCAGAGAAUUGGGGCGAGCAGAAGUCGCAGUGCAAAUGCCUUAUGGAUUCCAUGGCAUCUUUACUUCCCACUGACUGAAGACCUUGUCACCUCCCAUAACUCAGGGCCAGGUCAGGCUCAGAAAGGAACCUCUGCUUUCUUUUACCUCCCACCUUCGCAUUAUGCCCUGGUUGAAGGAACUGCUUUUUCUGUAUCAUAACCUCUGAGUUCCUGCUGUAUUCCUAACAAUAUACAGCAAAGGGUCUCAGGAAGGCAGAAGCCCCUUCACUCAGCCCACUGCUUUAUCUUAAUUUUCUGACUAUCUUGAUAGGCCAGUUAGCAGCAGUUCACAAAGACUGCCAUGCAUAAGGCUUGCAAGGG